UUAUGUUAAUAACUAUUAAGUUAUUUAAGUGCUAAAUUGUAUUUAUUUAUUUUCUUGUGUUUUGAUGACCAUUUAAAAGUUUAAGUUUUCGUUUUUUUUCUUAUGUACAAUUUUAAACUGGGAUUAUAACUACAUUGAAACUAUCCCUAAAUCCUUAAAUAAAGUGGUUAUUAAAGCCUUUUAAUAAAGAAAAAAAAUUAUUCAUUAUUCAAAAUAUCCUGGUAAAAGGGCAAGUAGCUAAGAUACUGUUAAUGACUUAAAAGGUUGUAUUGUGUGGAGAUUGUCUGCUUUGAGGUCGUGCAGUUCUGGCUUGUCCUCGAUUGAAUCCCAACAGCAUUGGAAGGAAAAAAUCGGAUAAUUAUACAUUUGCGGCUAUUCCCAGGGAGCUAAAUGGUCAAAGGAGUACCUCGCCAUACACAAAUUCACGAUAGCGCGCUCACUUUCCCAGAGGAUAUACGCAUAUUAGUUAGUUUAGGGGAAAUUAUUUUUAUCUUCAUUUUUUUGGACUUUGGUCUCGCCUUUACCGCGUUCGGCCGAGACAACACAUCGCAAAAGGCUACCCUAACUCCAAUGACACGAUUUGAUCAGCAGUUUCAACGACUCCACCUCGGAAGGCAGAACACCGCUGAAGAGUGCCCUACUAGCAGCAGUUCAGCAGGACUUUUCCCAAGUUUCGCUAAGAAAGACCGGCAGAAGUGGCCAAUUCCAAUCAACAACUAG